GCUAGAAUUAUACACAUACAUGCUAGUGGCUAGGGACUUCAGCUUUAAGUAUCAUAUGGAAAACAGCCUUCAGAAAAACAGCAUUUAAUUUUAUUUGCAAAGAAAGAAGGAAGGUCAAAGAACAAAGCUGACUUAAACUGGAAUUUUCAACUUUUUUGACAGCUGUUGCCUAUAAGCAAGUUCCUGCUUUUCAUCAGCUGCUGUUAUUGCAACUAUGUCCCAGAAUUCUCCAGCUGCCACAGGAAUAAAGUUUUAAAAAGGCACUAAGCAUAACGUAAAGAGAGGACGGUGACAAGCACUCAAAAGAAGUAUUUGCCAUUCCUGGGUCAGCAACUUAAAAGACUGCAGAUGUUUCAUGGAACAAUCACAAAAGAGCUAACCAGUCAUGAAGAAUGGAGUCACUAUAAUGAAAAUAUAAUUGAAGAUCAAAAAGAUUUUGUUUUUGUGAAGUUCAGUGGACUUUAUUUAAAAUCUAUGGAAUAUUUGCAAUCUUAUAUCUCUCUUAAAGUAUGCAUUUUCUCAAAUAAUUUUAUUACAGAUAUUCAUCCACUUCAAAAUUGUAUAAAAUUAAUUAAACUUGACCUUCAUGGAAAUCAGAUCAAGAAUCUACCAGAUACGAAAUUUUGGAGUGGAUUAAAGUACCUAAAACUCCUCUAUCUUCAUGACAAUGCAUUUGCAAAGUUAAAGAAUUUAUGUGUAUUGUCUGCCUGUCCAAGCCUCAUUGCUCUCACUCUGUUUGAUUGUCCGGUAAGCCUUAAGAAAGGAUAUAGACAUGUUCUUGUUAACAGUAUAUGGCCUCUGAAAGCACUGGAUCAUCAUGUGAUUUCUGAUGAAGAAAUAAUUCAGAACUGGCAACUUCCUGAAAGAUUCAAAGCAUAUAACCAGCGACUUUUCUUCAAUUUCUGCACUGCUUUGAAAAAGGGAACCACCUAUGAGGAUGAGCUUAAUAAUAUUAAAUAUGUUAUUUCAAGUAUUAAUAAAAUUCUGGCUCAUAAUUCACCAGUUUUGAUUGUUCAAAGAUGGAUACGUGGCUUUUUAAUUAGAAAAAAAUUAAGUCCUUUCUUCUUGUGUAAAAGACACCGAGAAAAAAUUUUUAGAGACUAUGAGGCAAAAUGGGUUUACAUAACCAAAGGAUCUGAGGACGGGUUUCCAAAGGAUAUCAUUUUCAAGGAUGAAACUAAUAUAAAAGAAGAAUUUACCCAUUGGAAACAUGAUAUUUAUUCUUCUGUUGAUCUUAAAAAAGCUAGUGGACAGAGAAAAAAUGUUUCUCCCAUUAUAUAUGGAUUAAAAACAAAAGAUAUUGGCAGGAAAUCAAAAAAAUCAAGUCAUCUCUUUCAAGAAGGUCAGAAGGAGUCUGGAGAUGAAAAUGAGAAUGAAGUACUGGAUACCAGUUUUAGGAUAUCAGCAUCCAAACUACCUUUAUAUACUUCAGGUUUAUUGAAGUAUGAUGCAGUAUUGAAACAGAAAAAACAAGAUUAUUUUCCUGAACAUGCCCAUCUAUUUCCUACCACCCAUCCAAAGCCAGUAAUUAAAAAAGGCACACUACCUGAGACAAAUUUAAGACAGUUUUUUACAACACAGAGAGCCGGUAUAAAACUUCAAACCCUUAAAGAUAUUGACAAAUAUUAUGCUGAACAAAAGAUGCAGGAUCUCCAUCAAGAAAAAAUAGCAGCUGUAUCCAGGGCACAAGUUGACAAAAAAAGAGUUGGCUUAACUGUUCAUGAAAGCAUAAAUAAGAAAAAAAUAGCUAUAAAAAAACUAAUUGAAAAAGAUCACAACACUAUUCAGAAAAGUUUACAGCAACUUUGGCAAGACAAAUUAAAAUACCUUAUGAAAGUUAAAGAGAGAAGAACUCUGUUUCUAGAAGGAAAAAAACAAAAGGCUGAAGAACAUUUAAUAGUUCAAACCCUAAAUAAUGAGCGUACUAUUCUGACCAAAGGAAUGAUUAAAAUUGACAGACUGAAGAGGAAUGAUGCUACCCUAAGACAAAAAUGGCUGAGUGUUCAGAAAAAAAUAGAAGAAGAAAAAUAUCAAAAGAAUUUACUCAACCAAAUGAAGGAACAUAGGGCUCAAGAAAUAUCCAGAAAACACUGUGCAGAAAAGUUUGUUAUGGAUAUGCUUACUUUUCAAAAAGACGUUGAGAGAUAUCAAGAAGCUAAAUCAAGAGUUGCACUUGUGAAAACAAAUUUUGUCUUUAAUAUUCCCAAUGGAAUGUCAAAAUGAACCAAUGGCAGAUCACCUUCUAUGAUGAUCUUAAGUUUAGUCCAUUACUUUUACCUAAUGUACUUUGAAAUGAUACUCUGAAAGAAAUGCUCUGUGUCACAAGAUGGAUUUAUAUGUAAAUCUUUUAAAAAUAUAAAGAAUAGAGUGUUUCUUGUAUUAAUCAUAACUUAAAUCAAGUUGACUUAGCAGCACUAAAAGUUUUCUUAUAUAUACAGCUUCCCAAGGAACAAUUAAAACAGAUUUCCAUUACUACAGGCAAUAUUGAAAAGAUGCUGUAUAUAUUCUCUUUUAUAUCCUCUCUGAGUGUAGCAAUAUGUAAGGUAUUUUCAGUUUCUCUGGCAAGGUUUUAGCAUAGUAAUUUUUGCCCCUACUGCUGACUUUUAUUAAUAUAUUGCUUAUUUGACUUCUUUCAUUACUUACUUUAAUACAUUUAAUUAUAUUUUCUGUUUAUUUUAUUAAAACAAUUUCUGGAUUUAUUUUUUCAAAGUAGGGGUUUCAGCAUUAUAUCAGUGAUUUGUACUUUCAUAAAUAUUUAGAAAAUAUAAAUGAUGAAAAGUAAACAAUCUUAUUGCCUUUUUGGAGGUUGUAAGAUCUGGGUGUAC